UCAUUUGCAUAGAUUUGUGGAGGCGAAACGCCGUGGCUGUAGAAACCCCCGCCCACCCCCAGCAUUGUGGGUAGCUCAAGAUGGCGGCUCCCGUCCUGAAGUGGAGGCGUGUGACGGGCACAACCGGCCCGACGCCGCGGCCUCGGCAUGGCCACCGUGCCGUUGCUAUUAAGGAUCUCAUGGUUGUAUUCGGGGGCGGCAACGAGGGCAUCGUGGACGAAUUACACGUGUACAACACAGCCACCAAUCAGUGGUUCGUGCCGGCGGUGCGGGGUGACAUACCCCCGGGAUGCGCCGCGUACGGCUUCGUGUGCGACGGCACCCGACUCCUGGUGUUCGGGGGAAUGGUGGAGUAUGGCAAGUACUCGAAUGAACUAUACGAGCUGCAGGCCAGUCGCUGGGAGUGGAAGAGACUAAAGCCCAAGUCGCCCAAGAACGGUCCUCCCCCCUGCCCGCGCCUGGGCCACAGCUUCACCAUGUGCGGCACCAAGGUCUACCUGUUCGGGGGCCUGGCCAACGACAGCGAGGACCCCAAGAACAACAUACCAAGAUACCUGAAUGAUCUAUACACGCUGGAGUUGAAGCCCCAGUCAGACGUGCGAGCGUGGGACAUCCCGCAGACGUACGGCACCCCUCCCCCACCCCGGGAGUCCCACACCUGUAUCUCCUACACCGACAAGGACGGCAAGCGGCCCAGGCUCAUUAUCUACGGCGGCAUGAGCGGCUGUCGCCUGGGGGACCUGUGGCAACUGGAGAUAGAAACGAGCUCGUGGACAAAGCCCCUUGUGAACGGCAUCGCUCCACUCCCUCGCAGUCUGCACUCUGCUACACAGAUCAGUCACAGAAUGUUUGUGUUUGGCGGGUGGGUGCCGCUGGUGAUGGACGACCAGAAGGUGGCCACGCACGAGAAGGAGUGGAAAUGCACCAACACCCUGGCCUCCCUCAACCUGGAAACGAUGACAUGGGAGCCCCUUGCCAUGGAAGUGUUUGAGGACUCGGUGCCACGUGCCCGCGCCGGACACUGUGCCGUGAACAUCGGCAGCCGGCUGUAUGUGUGGAGCGGGCGGGACGGCUACAGGAAGGCUUGGAACAACCAGGUAACACAAAACUACACUUUUGUUGUAACAAAAACUGUUCAAAUGUGUUUCCGAUUCUCACACACCCUGGAGGUGUGCUGGGGGGCCAUACAGACAGCGGAUGCGUAUCUGCUGCAGCUGCAGAAGUACGACAUGCCGCCCGCCCAGGCCGCCACGCUGCCCAACGCGGUCAGUAACCCCGCCAUGGCCGCCGCCCCCGCCUCCGCGCCCCUACAGGCCGGCGGCAGUACCGCCAUGGUCCGCCAGAUGUCCUCGGGGGCAGGGCCCGUCACUGCCGGCAUCAUGAAGGCACCAGGGCUGCAGCCAUUACGGAUGCCCACUCAGACCACCCUGGUAGGCACGGCAACCACCGCCAUCCCGCAGCAGUCGCCUCCGGUGCGGGGUCGGGCCCGGGUCAAGUCUCCUGUUGCCGUGACGAUGGCCAGCAGCCCGAGGAUGGCGACCAGCACCACCAACCCUCGCAUCCUCACCACUACCACCUCUCAUGGGACCCUCCCGUCUGGCACAGGCAUGAGUGGAAUCCAGGCACUGGCGGCGGCUGCAGCGGCCACCCAGAAGAUCCCGGCUAGUCCAUCAGGCACCACCAUGAGGCCCCAGCUGUCCACAACUCACACAGGCACCCCUGUCACCCUCACCCUCGCCUCGGGGGUCAAAUCCACCCCCAUUAUGCAAUAUUUUUCAAACCAGGUGAACACAGCUGCCACCAGUAUCCUGAAGACGGCUGCCCAGGCGGCGCAGGCCGGCGCGCAGCAGCAGCUGCAGGGCAAACAGAUCAUCACGGUGCACAAGUCCGGCGCCGUCACGCUCACACCGCAGACACAGGUGGUCACCACCGUGGUGGGCGGAGUCACUAAGACCGUCACGCUGGUCAAGUCUGUCCCUGUCACGCUUCAGGGAGGGAAAGUGACCUUGAUCCAGACCAAGCCCCUGAGCUCCACAGGCAUGGUGCUGGGCACCUCCCAGCAGGGGGCCGCACCUGCAGUCAACACCAUGGCACGGCAGCUGGGGCAGCUGCAGGCAAAAGGUCCACUCCCCCAGGGAACCAUCCUGAAAGUCAUCAGUACCACAGCAGGAGGGAAGACAGCCUACAUCACCACUACCACUCAGGCUGGGACCACGAAAGGCGCGACGAUCAUGGGCAUCAGCAGCGUGACCCAGCAGCCUGUCGUCACCAUCCCCAAAACCAUCAUCAAGACAGUCCCCGUGUCCUCCGUCAUGUCCAGUGUGGCAGGGCAGGGUGGAGCCACGGGCGGGGCCACCCCCACCAAACCCACCAUCAUCGCAAUCACCACUAAGGCGGUCUCUGGGGUGGCAGGUAUGACCACAGGGACCACCACCAAGCUUCCAUCCACCUACAUGGUGAAGAACCCCACCAGCCAGGGCAGCACACAGCAGGUGGUUCGAACCGUCACCACCACCCUGGGGGUCACCCCCAUGGGCACCGUGGUGCGGACCGUGACGUCACAGAUGCAGCCCGGCGUCCGGAUCAUCACCGUGCCAGCCUCCAGCAUCACCACGACAACCACACCGACUGGACAGGUCCAGAGGAUCGUGGUGACGCCCGUCACCAGACCGAGUGCUGCCCUGCAGGGGAAGACGGGAACCAUCACCAUUGUCACACCAGCAGGUACCUCUGUCCCAGCAUCCACAAUAAUCUCCUCCAGCAGUGCCGGGGCGACCGCAGGCACGGCACGACCCAUCACCGUGUCCGUCUCCAACCUGCCCUCCGCAGCAAACGUGCCAGUUACCAUGACGACCGCACAGGCAGCGUCGGCCCUGUCAGGAGCCAGCAGCAGCAUCACACCGGCGGGCAUCACGCUACAGAGUUUGUCCACACCAACAGCAACGACAGAGAUGAAACAGAUAAUACAGAACACACAGGCCAUCACACCUGCGACCUCCACUGUGACCUCAGUAGCUGCCUCCUCCACGGAGCAGGGCCAGCAGCAGCCCAGCUCCGAGGAGCAGCAGCAAGUCGGACCCUGCGGGACUAUCCAUGGCUGUGGUACUGAUGACGAAGAUGAGGAUGCAGAGAAACCCAAGAUCGGCCCAUGUGGAACUAUCCAUGGCUGUGGAACUGAUGAUGAGGAUGAUGAGAAGUCCAAACCCAAGAUCGGUCCAUGUGGCACUAUACAUGGCUGUGGAACUGAUGACGAGGAUGAUGACAAGUCAAAGCCUUCAGAUGGGCCCAAAAUCGGGCCUUGUGGCACCAUCCAUGGGUGUGGUACAGACGACGAAGAUGAUGACAAGUCAAAACCAUCAGAACAGCAAAAAAUCGGGCCAUGUGGAACAAUACAUGGUUGUGGCACUGAUGAUGAGGAUGAUGAGAAGCCGAAGCUGGGGCCGUGCGGGACGAUCCACGGUUGCGGCACGGAUGAUGAGGGGGAGGGCGAUGACCCUGCACCGUCCACCACGACACAGGCGGACCAGACGCAGGAAGCCAUGGACACGUCAGCGCCGGCCCAGCCACAGACCUCAGCAACAACGGCAGCAACAGCAGCAGCCAGUCCUACAGCAGUAACUUCACAAGCCACACCCAUGGAGACAGGGCAGGCGGCAUCGUCCUCUGUAGAACAGAUGGACACCACACCUGCACAGACACCUGCAGCCACAACAGCUGCAGCUGUAGCAGAAGCAGAAACCCUAGCAGCAGCGACCACGUCCAGUGUCCCAGCGCCCUCCCCCUCAGCGGUGGACGGUGCGGCCGCCGUCCUGGCCACCCUGGCAGACUCCACCACCACGCCCGUCUCCGCCAGCCAGGCAGGGGCGACGCCCGUCAACAACGGCGCCGUGGCACCCGCCCUGCCCGCCAACGUCACCACCAACGGGCUCGGGCCGACGGUGGUGAAAACUGAGCCUGAAGUCAAGUCAGAGGACCAGAAGUCCGUGGACGCCUCUUCCAAAACCAUCCUGACAGGGAAGCGGGAACACAACCAGUGGUACGACGUCGGGAUCUUCAAGGGUACCUCGGCCACCGUGCAGUACUACUACCUGCCUUCUGAAAACAACCAGAAGGGAGAGGAUGACAUUGACGUAGUGAACGUGCCAGACCACAGCAUGCUGAAGAAACAGGAGCUCCUGUCCGGCACGGCAUACAAGUUCCGUGUGGCCGGCAUCAACGCCUGCGGCAGAGGGCCGUGGAGCGAGAUCUCCGCCUUCAAAACCUGCCUGCCGGGCUACCCAGGGGCUCCGUCAGCCAUCAGGAUCAGUAAAAGUACAGAAGGAGCUCACCUGUCCUGGGAGGCACCUGCCAACACUGCGGGGAAGAUCCUAGAAUACUCCGUCUACCUGGCGGUGAAGAGCACCUCUGCCUCCACGCCAGACACCAAGCCCCUCACGCCGUCACAGAUGGCCUUCGUCAGGGUAUACUGUGGCCCCAGUGCCUCCUGUACCGUCACCACCAGUACGCUGUCCAACGCUCACAUCGACUACACCUCCAAACCUGCCAUCAUCUUCAGAAUCGCAGCCAGAAACGACAAGGGCUAUGGACCAGCUACUCAAGUAAGGUGGCUUCAAGACUCGUCCAAGGAUACUAAGGCAGCUAAGAGAGUUGCUCCCUCUGACAGUAAAUCUGGCACCAAGAAGGUGAAGACAGAAAAGGAGUCCCUCCCCACGGUCGUCAAGUUGGAGGAGGACUUCCUUCCCGUGGGGUCGGGGGAGUACCAGACGGUGGGGUCGGGGGUGGAGCUGCGGAGGGGCGAGCUUCUGACCGUCCACUUCGUGCGCGAGGUGACGAAGAUCCACACACAGGACCAGGAGACGGGCGCAGAGUUCUACAUCCCUCUGCACUGUCAGCAACUGUUCGAGAGGCUGCCCAGAAACCCCAAACACGAUGAUAAGUUGUUCCUGGGAGCGGAGCCGCUGUUCCAGUGCGACCCCCUGCCGGAGAUAGUACGGUCCAUCGACAACUUCCUGUCCAGUGACGAGUACGGUACGCUGGAGGAGAACGACAUCGUCUACAUCCACGGGGUCGACCCUAAACUCGACCACUGGGGGAAACGGGUGAUCCUAGGUGUGAACCAGGACGGACGGGAGGUACAUAUCCACGAACACGAGUGUACCUGUUACAUGGUCUCCAUUCCCUACUGGAGACCCGAACACAUGACGGAGAUCACAAAACUAGACAUGCCACAGAGAGUACGUAUUCCCGCGGAACACUACACACAGGUAGGGAAGGAGAAGGUGCUGAAACUGUUGGAGCUCCAGGAACAGGAACAUUACGUGGUCACUAAGGAAGGCGUCAGGGACGUCCUGUCCAUACCUGCACAUCUGGACAUCAGAGUGAGCAUCAUGCCCAUGGCGUACCCCGGCGUGUUGCGGGGCCUGAAGUCCCUCCAGCCGUGCCUGAACCUGACCCUGAACGUGCGGGACGUCGGCCUGCCGCCCCUGCCGCCCGAGUACGACGACGUCCCCCUCCCGCUGCCUGACGCCAUGGAGUCGUGGAGGGAGAGCUGGGAAGGAAAACAGGAGUGCGAGGAUCUGUCCAAGACCGCUAACGACAAGCUGAAGGAGGAGAUGGCCCUGAUGCAGAACCACAUCGCCCAGCUCAAGCGGGACCUGGAGAACUCCGUCCCGAUCCGCCCGCCCGAGCCCCUGCCGCGCAACCAGCAGCCCCUGCCGCCGCCCAGGCCGCCCAAACCCAAGAACCUCAGAGGCGAUCCCAUCUCUCCCACAUCCCCAACAUCCCCCACAUCUCCAACUACCAAGUCUGAGAAGAAAGGCCUGAAGUUACUCAAGAAAAAAGUGCCGUCCUUCAACUUCAUGAAGGAUGACAAGACGGAGAAGAAGGAGAAGACCAAGAGGGAAAGCUCCGAACCUUCAGAAGAGGCCAAAGACGGUGCAUACGAAGACGUCGAAAAUGUUUACGACGAGUUAGACGACGUGAAGGCACAGGCUCGACUGAAGGAGCUUCGAGAAGAAAUUACCAAGAAAGAUGGGGUAUGUUACUGA